CGGGGCAAAAUCGCGGUUCGCGAUUUCAUUCAAGCUCCGAAAAGAGGACGGUCUCGCGGUUGCGUGCGUCGUGCGGUGGUUGCGCGAAACUUUCGGUCGUCGCUCCGGCUCGGUACCUUUCUCGCAAUAGAAAGUUCACACACAGACCCGAAUGUGUUUUAGUGUAAAGGAAGCGAACAACACGUGAGAAAUAGGAAGUGAUCUCUGGAGCAUUACGCAAUAUAUAAAGGUGAACACACUCUGCCGCCACUAUCACCAUGCUCCAGUGGACCGGCAAACGGAACUGAUCUGAUGCGCAACUGGUGGCCAACAGAGGUUUCGCGCGAUCGCGCCACUGCCAAACCCCCGGCGCGUUCCUUGCUUACUACCCGUGUGUGAAAAGGUUCAGCUUCAAAUUGAAAACGCACAGCCCUACUCCCGCGCCAUAAUGGAUCUGGCCGCGUUCAAACCGCAGGUGGAUCCCAGCGAUACGCUGGGCGAUCGCCAUGGGCGCGAAAUCGAAGAUGAUUUCGGUGGCAAGGGUAUCGCGGUAGUGGUGCCCGAUCGUAAUGUUAUCGAGCAGCAAGAAGCUGCGCUACAGCAGACCUUGAUUGCAGGUGCCGCCGUCUACCUGACGGAGACGUUCUACAUCAGCUCAAAGAAGAAUACGGUGUUCGAGGUACGGCUCACCGACAAGGGCCUCUGUCUCAAGAAGCAAUCGAACGGUUCGACCAAGGAGCAAACGAUCCCGCUGAAGGACAUCAUCGGAUGCCGGUGUUUGCGUAGCAAAAGAAGAUCCCGCGGCAGUUCGUCGUGCACCUGCGCUUCCAUCUCGAGCUCCCACCAGCUGAAGGUGGUCGAGGAGAAUUCGGACGAACAGGACGAAACGGACGUUAGCGCCUAUCUGUACAUCUACGCAUACAUCCUGAAGCGCAACCGGCGGGGUGGCUUCCGCGAAAGAACCACUAUUACGCUACGCUUCCGGUCCUUCGACCGAUACGAAGAUAAUAACCGGGAGGCACAAAAGUGGCGUGCCUCGAUCAAGCACCUGGUGGCGGGUGAACCAGUACAGAAGUUUACCUAUCAACCGCGCGACACACGCAAAAUGUUGAUCAUCCUCAAUCCAAAGUCUGGUUCGGGGAAGGCGCGUGAAAUGUUCCAACAGCGUGUGGCACCGAUCUUUGCCGAGGCGGAGAUCCCGUACGAUCUGCACAUAACGAAAAAAAGUAACUGGGCGCGUGAGUUUGUGCGGUUGAGGGACGUGUACCUGUGGCGGGGUAUUGUCGUCGUCGGUGGCGACGGUAUCUUCUUCGAGGUGUUGAACGGGCUGUUCGAGCGGGAAGAUUGGCAGACGGCGAUCGACGAGCUGCCGAUGGGUAUCAUCCCGUGCGGAUCUGGCAAUGGACUGGCGAAAACGGUGUCCUUCUUGUAUGAAGAACCUUUCGAGACCAAACCUGUACUGGCGUCAGCUUUAAUGGUAGUUAAGGGUAAACAUUCCAUGUUAGACGUAGUUAGAGUCGAAACACGUUCCAAUAUUAUGUUCUCGUUUUUGUCGGUCGGCUGGGGAUUGAUCUCGGACAUCGACAUCGAGAGCGAACGGUUGCGUGCGAUCGGUGGGCAACGGUUCACCGUAUGGUCCGUCCAUCGGCUAAUCAGUUUGCGCACCUAUCAGGGCAAGGUGUACUAUCUUCCGGCCCUAGUUAACCCAACGAAUGGUGACGGUACACUGCCGCACCCGAACGGUGGUGGUAUCGGCACACUGAAGCACAGUGUCAGCUACAACACGACACUGAACUGUCGCGAUUGCCGGGGACUGAUGGGGCAGGACGGUAGUGGUACCGUCGCCGGUAGCUGCGACGCCUGUGAUACUAACUUUAGUGACGUGCUGUCGCUCGAAACCGGCACCAAUCUGGACUCGUUCCGGCCACGCAUCGACAGCUGGUAUUCGGCGACCUCGCGCAAAAGCACCUACUUCUCGACGGUGGACAGCGUGUACGAGAGUGAUAAAGCUUCCAACGAUGAUCCGACGCAGAACGGUGGCCCGAACGGUGGCGGUGUGAUGUACGGCCCACCGUCGAGGCUUCCCGCACUAACGGCCACGCUGCCGGACAGCUGGCAAACGAUUGCUGGCGAGUUUGUGAUGGUACAUGCCGCCUACCAGACGCACCUCAGCACGGAGUGUUACUUUGCGACCCAGUCGCGCCUUAACGAUGGGAUCAUAUGGUUGCUGAUCAUCCGGGCCGGUGUAUCGCGAUCGCAGCUACUUUCGUUCCUGCUCGGGCUAAGCAGCGGAACGCACAUUCCAAUGCAGGCGAACGAAUACAUCCAGAUGGUACCGGUUUCCGCGUUCCGGAUCGAACCGGCCGGUACCAACGGUCACAUGACGGUCGAUGGCGAGAAGGUCGAGUGUGGACCGAUACAAGGUGAAAUCUUUCCCAGCCUAGCGAAAGUGAUGGUACCGAAGUAGAACGCCGAACGAGAGGGAUUUCGUGUGCAAUACUGCUGUGGCGCAACAUUGCGCCUCUUUUGGGUGUGCCUGUGUUUUGUGUGUGUGCGUUGUUGUGCGUCUUAUACAUUAUAAGUUACCAUACCAUUACGGGAGCUGAGUACUCCUACCGGAUGUGUUGUGUUAUGCGAUCGCGCGUGAUGGAAUGAAAAUUGUAUUAUUUUUGUUAGUUGUAUGUGUGUACCGAUUGGUUGAUGCUUGUUGAUAUAUUGUUUACAAAAUAUCGAUUGAGAUGAACUGAGCCUAUAACUACAUACGAGUUGUAGAAUUUAUUGUAAGCUAAUUUGCAUUCCAACCAUAGUUAAUAGAGAAAGAAGAAGACAAAGAUGCAAGGAAAAACACAUUCGUGCCAAAACUUUAUUAAGUUCCCGCCACACGUUGUACGGUGGUAUUGCAGAAACACACAAAUAACUUCAGUUGCGCCAGAAUCGUGAGCUACGUUCCGUUUUUGUUUUUGGUUCUCCUGAUUGUAGGAAGACGGUUCAGGGUAACCUAACCUACUUAUGUACCAUAGUAAGUAGCACGAUCAAUUAGCCAUGAUCAAUUGAACAAACUCAUAUCAGGCAUCAGCAAGAAAAAGGCGUCGAAAACACUUGACACAAGAGCUGUAUGCCGAUGAUGGAACGAUAAGCAAUGAACCAAUUCUUAGAUGCUACUGCGUAUUUAGAGUAAAUAGUGAUCCGAGAACGGAACAAACAAACAAGGUGGAUGACAUGGGAUGAAUGCCCACCACACAAGCGAUACAUUGCCAUCGGGGAAGGGGGCGAUAGAGACUAGGAAAGUAAACCAAAUGUAGAGUGAAACAGAAACUUGAAUGAUAGUAGACCAUUUUAAAAGAGUACACGUAAGUUCCACACACAUACGCUGCAUUAAUGCCACCGUGGUUACACCCCCGCGGUAAUUAGAAAUCGGCCAGAGAGGAAUAGUAUUCGGCUCCGGUAGCGUAUAUACAAAUUAAGCAAUUUAUUAGAACAUUGGUGGCAGGAUUAUGGUACGAUGAUAAUGUGUUUACAAUGCGUUUCUAGUAGGGGUCACAACGUUAUCCUCAAACAUUCUUAGGCUGUAAGCAGUUAGUUACGAUUUGGUGCAGCAAAUUACCAUUUAGCGUAAAGGUGAACAGUAAAUCAGGUUGUUCCGCCGUUGAUAAGCAUCGGCUAACGGAGAAACGGACUCCUAAAAUGGUUGUGCCGCAAGAACACGUUAGCGACGAAAUUGUGCGCAGGUUAAUGGGAAACGGCUUCAUCCGUUUGCCAAUCAG